CACGCCGAACUGUCAGCUGCUCAGUUCAAGAUGGCGCUGUCCUGUCGGGGAAUAUGCCGCGGGGCUUCAGUGAUCUUACUGUAUGGAAAACAACCUGUCAGGGUCAAAGCAAGUCUCUGCACUCCUAGAUUGGCUUCCUCAAAACCCAGCAGUCUGUGGUUUGUCAGACACUACUCGCCUUCACAAGCAAGACACGGGAUUGGUCGAAGCGUUGUGUCGAGUCUAAAGUGGGCCAAUGAGAAGUACGAGAGAUUCCUGCAGCGGCGCUUCCCUCGCUUUUUUGUCCUCUAUCAGACUUUCAUGAGAGGUUUUCUGCUUUUUUGUAAAGGCUUCAGACUCCUGUUUGAAGAUGGCAAAGAAGUGCAGAAAAUCGUGUUCCGCAUGAUUAGUGACAAAACAAGCCACGCCAAUUUGCCUUACCGGGAUAUGGAGAAAAUCAGACAGGUCCGCAGGGAUUUGAUCAAAGCCAUUCCCUUGGUCAUCCUGUCAAUACCUCCAUUUGCCAACUAUCUGGUCUUUAUGCUUAUGUACCUUUAUCCUCGGCAGCUUCUCAUCCGGCACUUCUGGACCCCUCAGCAGCUGGUGGAUUUUCAGGUAGCCUAUCAUAACCAGAGGGCACGUCAUCACUGGGCUGUGGUCAAAGGGCUGGAAAGCACAUCAAAUUCUGUCCAAGACACCCGACUGAAAAGACACCUGCUGGAGCUCUGCAGUAAGGUGCGAAGCGGAGUCCAUCCUGUAGUGUCUGAUGUCCAUGCUGUGAGAACAUUGUUCUCUGGACCACCCUUGGGUAUCAAGAAAAUGUAUGCAAAUCAGAUGAGACAUCUCUGUCCUUUGCUCUUCUUGACUCCUCGUCUCCCGGCCUUCUGGAUCAGCGGACGUUUGAACAGUCACGCCUUGGAACUCAUGCAGCUCGAUCGUGCCAUUAUUCGAUUGGGCUUGCACCAGUUAAACGACUCGGAGCUCAGAGAGGCUUGUUUUGUGAGGGGGCUGAAUCCAGAGCGUCUGAGUCCCGGACAGUUACGAGAGUGGCUCACACAGUGGUUGCAGUUCUCAGCACACCUCAGAGAGUCAGAGACUUCGCUCUAUCUGCACUGCAUGGUUCUGCUCACGGUAAACUACCCUAAACAGCAACGGCACUGACCUCCAGAGGAAGCACACCACUUCUCUUUCCAACACCCGGCGCUGAAACAUACACAUCCAAAGGCAAAGCACCACGGGAACAAACACAAACUUAUAUGCAAAUCUGACAUACAUUUUUUGUUGUGUUUCUUUCAUAAUCAGAGGCAUUUUGUACGUUUCUGUGAUAUUUUUCAUGAAACUGUCAUGCUUUAAAAAUGUUCUUGUGGCAAUGAAUCUAAUUUUGUUUACAUGAGGAAAGAAAAUAUUGGGAGCUCAUUGGUAUACUGGAACUUGUGGAGUAAUUUCAUUAGUUCCAUAGAGAUUGGGUGUGUGGAUAGAGAAGUAUAUUAGAGGUAGUUUAUUAAAGUCAAAAUUACAUCAUUUAUUCUCCCUCAUGUGGAUUUAAACCUUUAUGAGUUUCUAUUUUAAAGAAUGCUGUUUGCUCAUCAACUUCAAUAGCAAAUUUUUUUCCUACUAUUAAAGUCGAUGGGUACCAGCAUUCUUCAAAAUAUCUUCUUUUGUGUUCACAGAAGAAGGAAGCUCAAAUAGGUUUUAAAGGAGUGAAAAGUGAAUAAAUGAUGACUGUACCUUUAAUACAGUUACACACUGUGAGUAACUACAUUCUACAAGAUACAACACAGCAAGCAUUUUUUUGUUUUUAAAACAUGUCUAAUAGACGUCUAAACGUAGUCAUCUUAGCUAAAACAAGGCUAAAUUUGGGCUGUCAGUGAAAAAUCUAAUAGACAUCUAAAGAUAGGUCAUCAAAUAAACAGAAAUAAAUGACUGCACAUAUAAAGCCUGUCUAAUCUAUCUAUUUGACAACUAGUCUAGUUUUGGGCUAUUCUUAGAUGUCUAUUAAAUUUUCACCCAAGUUUAGCCUUGUUUUAGCCAAGCUGUCUACAUUUAGAUGUCUAUUAGACGUCUAUUAAACAAAAUUGUUUGGUAAGAAAGCACACUAAUUCCACAUGGAUGUAUUUGGCAUGUGUUUUGCAAAGUUCACUGCUCUUAUCAUGAGAGAUUUACAUUCAGAAUAUUAAUUAAUAGUGCUGGGCAAAGAUUAAUUGCAUCCAAAAUAAACAUUUGUUUUCACAUCUUAUAAGUGUGUAUCAUAUAUAUUUAUGUGAUAGAAACAAAACUUUACAAAACAAUUGUGUUGCACAGUUAUUUAAAUUUUUAUAUAAAUUGUAUCAUAUACACACAUCAUUUAUAUACAAAUAUAAACAUUUUCUAUGCACGCCACACUUAAAUUGUCAAAAUAAACUUUUAUUUUUAGUUUUAUUUUUAUUUUGGAUGCAGUUAAUCACGAUUAUUAUUUUUUUUUGCUUGGAACUAAUAAUACUAACAAUAACUGUUAGAUGUAAACAAUACUAACUAUUUUCAUCUGUUUAAAAUAUGCAUUCACAUUCAGUACCGUCUAUCUCAGGGGUGCCCAAACUCGGUUCUGGAAGGCUGGUGUCCUGCAGACCUUAGCUCCAACUUACCUCAACGCCCCUGCACAGAUGUUCCUAGAAAGAGCUUGAUUAACUAGCCCAGGUGUGUCUGAUUGGGGUUGGAAUUAAACUUUGCAGGACACCGGCUCUCCUCGGUCUGGGCACCCCUAAUUUAGCUCCUUCAUCUUUGGUGUGGUAGUUACAAAAAAAAUUGUGGUGUUUAAAUUUAUUUAGCUAAAAGCAAUCCAGUUAUGUUUUAAAUGGGAUGGUAUAAAUGAAAAGUGGUUUACAGAGCCUUUAAAAAGAUUCUGGGGAAAAUGUGUAUUCUAUAAUGCAGAAUAUAUCUAUAUGUAUUUUAAUUAAGUUUGUUGAUAUUUAUUUUUGAGUUCUCAAUGCUGUGCAAUAACUAUUGCACCUUGUUACUCUUCUAUCCUAUGAAAAGUUGUUUGCUGUGCACUGGGCUUUUGGUCAAACCAUUCAAUUCAUGCAUAGUAGUUUGCAAUGUCAUCUGUUUGUUCAGCCUACCAAUCGGUGCCUUUUUCUUAAGAACACUGAUACCAACAAGGUGCAAUAAGUGCUGAUCUCUUUUAUGUUGCCAAAUGUGUUUGCAUUUUAUGUCAAGAGAAAAUGUUAUUUGGUUCAGAGUCAAAAAGGCAUGAAAGUGAUGUGAACUUCAAUUAAAGAAUUCAAACAUGG